AUGGAGGGCAAUCAAGGUCAUGGGUAUAUACAGGAGGACCAUGGAUACGAUGAGUUACUGAAUAAUGGAGGGUGGCCCGGUGCCAAUGAUCAGUUCUUGUAUGGCCAACAAACCCAGCAACCGCAGGAUCUCUACGCCAGAUAUAACACAAGUCAACAGCCAUCCUCUUUCGACCACUUCGACUUACAGCCUCAACCUCACCCAUCCUACCAGCAGCCGAUAACAUACACCAAUUCACCCUACACUCAUGCUCCUCAAUUCCAGCAACAUCAAGCCCAGCAUCAGCAGCCACAACAUGGCCGGUCCUCGGAUAUGUUCGCUCCUUCCUCCACAACCGUUGACCCUUCCUUACAAAGUUCGGCUCCGUAUCAAAGUCAUACAAACAUCGCUGCUCAUCCAAACAUCGCUGCUCAUCCAAACCAACUCGCUCACCAAACUCAAAAUACAUCGUACUCUAUUGCGCCUAACGCAACACAGUACGUCCAAUACAGCAUGGCCCCGAGUCAACCUAGUAGUGGUCCGCAAGCAGUAGCAUAUCAACAACCACAAGAUACGGUUGUCAAUAAUUUUGCCCAGAGACCACAGCCUCAGGCGCAUCAAGUAGUGUACUUCAAUGAGGUUGAAAAUAGCACUAUGCAACGUAAUGUUAGCAAUCCCAUAAAUUAUGGAGCUGUGCCUGUUCAGAAUCAUCAGAAUCAACAGAGCCAACAGCCAGUGCAGCCCAAGCCAGCCGUUACUGAUAUGAACCCAUCUGAGCGGAUAUAUCAAUCCAUUAAUACCAGCUCCAUGAAUCAUGUCAAGAGUAAGCCUGUUGAUAUGCCAUCCCCUUCUCAAUCUCAACCCAGGGUCAUUGUGAAACCAUACAAUCCGUUGCGCAUGGUUAAAGGAGAACUUCUUCCCAAGAAAAAUGACACAAUCAGUCAACGACUUGUACAUGCACCUUUUGUUGCUUUUGGCUCGAGUCCAAUACAAAUCAACCUUAACCUCAAAAGUCAGUCUCUCUUAACCCCUAUUGGCUCUCUUGCAUGAGACCAUCGUCAUUUGUUGUGCAUCCACUAAUACAUUUUCUCAAUAGACACGAUUCCCAAAUACCACCCAAGAAAAUCAAAAAGUGGAAAAGAGCUAGUGCCAGGGUUCAACAGUUCGCGUAAGUAUUUGCCAUCGGCAAGUCUCCCAAAUCUUUCCCGACUAAACUCUCGCUUAGAUUCACUGGUACCUGCGCGCCCAUCAACGAAAAAGGAACGCCAUCCCAAACACGAGAAGCCUUCGACAUCUAUCUGGAAGGGCACUAGUGGCGGAUUUAAACCAUCAGUUGGAAAGGUGGUAGGUCGUCGUGAGGAUAACACUUCGAAAACAUCAACACCUACAGACUCAAGCACGUCAGAGGAUGAAUCUAGCUCAGAGGAAGAAUCAGAAUACGAAGAACCAGAGAUGCCCCCCAUUCAGGAUGUCAGCGAGGUAAGUUUUAUAAAAUUUGCCUUCUAAUUUCUUUCUGGUUUUGCCAUUUUGCUCAAGAUCGUGGCGAUUGCGAUUCCCCUGUCUGAUCGCCCAUCGCAGAAAUUCUGCUGCCUUGAUUUUACAGGCGCCACAACGCGCGCUCGAUCUCCCAUCACCUGAAUUCGAGUCACAUAUACUAAACUUUUUUUCUCUAGAUUCGUGGUGCAAUCAGACCAACUGCACUUCCGUCAGGUACUCGGUGGGAUGUCAUUGGCGUAAUUUGGAGAGAUCCUAACACCAGUCCCAACGCAAAGGUGGUUCAAGAGGCAAUCGAAGAAUACUAUGAAAUCCUCAGCUCAUUACGUGCCAAGCUAAAGGAGAAGAAGGAAGCCGAAGCAGCAGCAGGUCCCGCUCAGGCGGAAAAGUCUAAAAAUGAGCGACGAAUUUUGUUGGAUGCUCUUUAUGAAGCUGUCAACGCUGCUGAUACUUUAGGAUACGUAUCAAUUGUGGAAAACCUGGGAGGACAUCAGAGACUUGUAAAUGCAUUGACUUCGACGUUAAUUGAGUGCACCAAAGCAAAGCCUCCAGAUCUACUUGGAAAGCUUCCUAGAGCAGUCUUUAGUUUACUUGCCAAAUUUCAGACCAUGACUGAUGCACUUUUGGAGAAGCUCAAGUUUGGCUCCAUUGCUAAGCGUUGGACUGAUCCCAAGAAGAACAAUGGCACAAAGGCUUCGGAUGAGAAGAUUGAUAAGGACAUUGCUGCGAUCAAGGCCAAUACAAUUGAUGCCAAAGAAAGAGCGGUACAGGCGAAGAAGGAUGCUGCAAAGGUGGAGGAGCAGAGAAAGGUACUAAACAAGAUUGAGCAGACUAAGAGUCGGGUCGAGGGCACCAAUAAACCUUCUCUCAAUCCUGCAAAACGACCUCACGAGGGUGACAGUACCAACGGAAAACCCAACAAGAAAUUUGCCUCGGAUGUAGCUGGCGCGCCUGCGACAAAGCCAACUUUUCAGAAAAAGACAAAUCUACUUGGUAUCUCAACAAAACCAGCCGCCAGAUCCGUCGUCAAAAAGAAAGAACCCUCACCACCACCAGCCGUGUCCAAGUUUUCUGCACUCCUCGAUAGUAUACACCGACCUCCUUCACCCCCUAAAGCUGCAGAAGUCCCCUCCGGACCACCCGAGACACCUGAAGAAAAGGCGCGCCGAGAGAGAAAGGAAAGCAGAAGACAUUUGAGAGUCAAAUUCAAGGAAGGUGACGCUUUGGAAGAGAUCAGAAUUUUCAAAAAGGACAAGUCUGAGAUUGAGGAUGAGGGUCGCCAACCUGACGCGCUCAGAGACGCUCACGAUAUUGGUAGCGAAGGCAUGAUGCACAAACGACGAGUCUCGGAAGCAAUUGACGAAGAAGAGGAGAAUCAGCCUGAAGAUCCCGAGAGUCGACCUUACCCUGCUUUGAUUGAAAUAGAUUUCAGCGAUCUCAUGGCGCCAACUAAGUUUGGUCGUAAAUAUACUACUCGUGGUGGAGAUCGGACAUUUACAACACCUGAACAACAGACACAAGAACGACGUGAGGCUAUUGAGCUUAUGGUUACAUACAUGGAUACUGGUGAUAUACCUCCUACACCAAAAGAGCCCUCACUUGCCAUGGGUCAAAUUGAUGGUGCCGCUGAUGAGGAUACCACGCCGGUUCCAUCACUGAAAGGACCAACGGAGGCUUGGAUCGUUCAAAGACUGCAUGAGAUCAGACAGUACGGUCCAGAAUAUGCAACGAAAUUUUUCCUUGCUCGUUUGGAAGAACAAAGAUCACAAGGUCGAAUGCAUGGCAUGAAUUCCAGUCAAAUUACCCCAGCUCAACCUCAGCAAAUUAUGCCAGUGCCAGCAAAGAUUGAUCUAGCAGCGUAUCAAACCCUCUUGGAUGUCGUUGAGUCUCUGAAGGGCAAACCUUAUCCGCCUACCGAGCCGCCCGAAUGGAUGACCGACCCUAAUCACAUAGCCAUCUGGUGGGAAGGUUACAAUCGAGAUGAGGCAGCCAAGCCUAGACCAGAAGUUGUAGUGCCAAUUGAACAAACCCAAUAUCAACCUCAGGUUGUCGUCCCAGCACCACAAGUUCCAAUGUAUGCAGAGCAACCAUAUCAACCACAGCCACCACAACCUCAGGCAAGCAUGUCCGCUCCUAAUGAUAUCGCUAGUCAGGUACAAAAUCUCUUGGCUGGCUACGGCAACGGUGGUAACGCUCCUGCAAACCAACAAUUCGACUACGCCGCAUGGGCAGCCGCACAAAUGCAGGCUCAGGCUCAGGCUCAGGCCGAAGCCCAAGCCCAGUCUUACAACAACCCAUCUCAGCAGCAACCCAAUUGGGAUUCCCUACAAUGGGACGACCAGCAAGACAACUCGAACAAGCAGCCCAAGCAACGCGGAUACAAGCUCAAGGAAUGGAACGGGGGCAACCAAAAGCCGCUGGAUACGAGUAUCUUCGAUGAGAAUGGCGAGUACAAGGGCAAGAAGAGACCGUGUACGUUCUUUGGGAAGGGAUUGUGUAAGAAAGGUGCGGGAUGCACGUUUCUUCAUUCCUAG